CGCCACCAAGCGCCUCAUUAUAAAUAACCCGCACCCCCCCCCCCUAGUACUCUGGGCCCGCGAUCUUUACUCCAUUACACAGUUGCGUCUAUUCCUUACCGUCUAGACCGUUUACUUUUUAUAUUUUUUCUUCUGUUUAGAACCUACCUUAAGACCUGUUGCUAAGUAGAUUCCAACAGCAAAACACCAUGACCAAGAAACUAGGCCCGUCAUCUAGUAAUGAGCUGGCGGAUGGCAAGGAAAAGUCGUCGUCACUCACUUCUCGUGAUGCUGAAAACCCUGAAGCCUUACAGUUACAGAAACGUUUGCUAUCAUGGAUGAUGAGCAACAAGGUGCCGCCGAUUCCCUCGGAGGAAGAGCGGACCGCCUACCCCUGGAAGACCGAUUUUUUCCUCAAGCGUGUCUUCUUCUGGUGGUUAAACCCGGUGAUGAAAACCGGGUACAAAAGGACCCUCGUGGAGGCUGACUUGUGGAAGUUGGAGGGUGACCUCAAGAUUGAUGAGAUGUACGCGCAGUUCAAGGUGAACUUCGAGCGCCGUAUCGCUGCUGCGGAGGCCAAGUUCAAUGCCAGAGCCAAGAAAUCAGAUGACGACGUCUUUGUGGUGUCGAACUGGCAGGUGGUGAUGUCGCUUUUCGACACGUUCAGAUGGCAGUACAUCUCCGGGUGUGUCUACAAGGUGUUCUCGGACGUCGGGCUGGCGUUGAAUCCGCUUUUGAUGAAGGAGUUGAUCACCUUUGUCGGAUUGAGAGCCUUGGGCUUCGACUACGUGAUCGGCCACGGGGUGGGCUACGCCGUGGGAACUUCCCUUAUUGUGCUUAUCUCCGGUAUUUUAAUCAAUCACUUCUUCCACAACUCCAUGCUCACCGGUGCACAGGUCAAGGCCGUCUUGACGAAGGCGUUGUUGGACAAGUCGUUCAAGUUGGACGCUCAGGCCAAGCAUGACUUUCCUAUCGGUAAGAUCACCUCGUUAAUGGGGGCGGACUUAGCCCGUAUCGAUUUUGCCAUCGGGUUCCAGCCGUUCGUGAUCACCUUCCCGGUUCCCGUUAUCAUCUGUAUUGCCUUGUUGAUCCACAACAUCGGUGUCUCCUCCCUUGCGGGUAUUGGUGUGUUCAUCUUCUCGUCGCUUGGGAUUGCCUUUGUGUCCAAGACUUUGUUUGCGCAGAGAAAGUUGGUGGGCAAGUUUACGGACCAGAGAGUAGGUGCAAUGCGGGAGAUCCUCAACUCCAUGAAGAUGAUCAAGUACUACGCGUGGGAGGGCGCGUACGAGGCCAACGUCACCAAGUACAGAACCAGGGAAAUGAAUAUCGUCUUGAAGAUGCAGGUCUUGCGUAACUUCAUCAUUGCUUUUGCUGUUAGUUUGCCGAUGAUCACGUCGCUCGUCGCGUUUUUGGUCAUGUACGGUGUGGGCAGAACCAAAAACCCAGCCGACAUUUUCUCCUCCGUGUCGUUAUUCAACGCGUUGGCCCAGCAGAUGUUGAUGGUGCCAAUUGCCUUGGCCUCUGGGGCCGACGGCCUCGUUGCCAUCGGCAGAAUUAAAGACUACUUGCUUGCCAGCGAGGUCAGCUCCGAGGAUCGCGAUGCCUCAACCGUGAACCAGGAGCUCGACGCCCGAGACAUCGCCAUCGAGGCCAAGGGUGCGUCUUUCAAGUGGGAAACCUUUGCCAUCGAAGCCGAUGAGGAAGACGCAGAAGAUGAGCAAAAGAACCGUCUUGCCAGAGUCAAAACGUCGCCCGAUGCGGCCUCCUCCGUUGUCUCCGCCUCCGCCUCUAUCCAUGACGCCUUCAACUUGACCGGAGACGAGAAAGAGACGGGCACGCACGACGUCGAAAACUCCACCUUCCCCGGUUUGAUCGACUUGUCCUUCUCCAUCAAGAAGGGCGAGUUUGUGGUUGUUACCGGUCUCAUUGGUACCGGUAAGUCUUCGUUGUUGAACGCGUUAGCCGGGUUCAUGAAGUGCAGCACUGGUACCUUAGAGUCUAACGGUUCUCUCUUACUCUGUGGUUAUCCCUGGGUACAGAACGCAACCGUCAAGGAAAACAUUGUCUUUGGCCAGGAGUUCAAGCGCAAGCUGUACGAUCAGGUCAUUGCUGCCUGUUCGCUCGAGGCCGACUUGGAGAUGUUGCCCGCCGGCGAUGAGACCGAGAUCGGUGAGAGAGGGAUCACCUUGUCUGGUGGACAGAAGGCCCGUAUCAACUUGGCCCGUGCCGUGUACGCGGACACCGAGAUUAUCCUCCUUGACGAUGUGUUGAGUGCCGUGGAUGCCAGGGUUGGGAAGCACAUUAUGGACGAGUGUAUGAUGGGCUUGUUGAAACAUAAGACCAGAAUCCUCGCGACCCAUCAGUUGUCGUUGAUUGGCAGCGCCGACAGAAUUAUUUUCUUGAACGGAGACGGAAGCAUCCAGAUGGGCACCAGCGAGGAGCUCAUGGCCAACAACCCCGGCUUCAUCAAGCUUAUGGAGUUCAACAGCGAGGCCAGGGAGGAGGAAGAGGAAGAGGAGGCUGUGCUUGGCGACGAGGUCGAGCAAGAGGCUGAGUUGAUCAAGUUGCAGACUAACGUUAUCGAGACCAAGAAGGACGGCCGUUUGUUCAGCGACGAAGAGAAGGCCGUCAACAGGAUCGGCUUCCACGUUUACAAGGCAUACGUCAGCCUCGGUGCCGGGUUUAUGAAGAUGGGGAUCGUGCCCGCCUUUAUUACGGUUGCGGUUUGCGCCACCUUCUGCCAGCUCUUCACUAACACCUGGCUUUCUUUCUGGACCUCUUACAAGUUCAAGGGCCGCACCGACGGGUUCUACAUCGGGUUCUAUGUCAUGUUUGUGGUCUUAUCCAUAAUCUUCAUUUGCUUGGAGUUCGCUAUGUUGGCGCUCCUCUCGAACAAUGCCGCCAGGAAGUUGAACCUCAUGGCCGUCCACAAGUUGUUGCACACGCCAAUGUCGUUCAUGGACACGACGCCAAUGGGUAGAAUCUUGAACCGUUUCACCAAGGACACAGACGCGUUAGACAACGAGAUGAGUGAGCAGGUCAGAUUGUUCUUCUUCCCGUUGUCCACCAUCGUCGGCGUGCUUAUCUUGUGUAUUAUCUACCUUCCGUGGUUUGCUAUUGCAGUGCCGUUCUUGGCCUUCAUGUUUGUCGGCAUUUCCGGCUACUACCAGGCCUCAGCCAGAGAGGUGAAGCGUUUGGAGGCUAUCCAAAGAUCCUUUGUGUACAACAACUUCAACGAGACGUUGGGGGGUAUGGACACCAUCAAGGCGUACAAGAUGGAACAUCACUUUAUUGAAAAGAACAACCGUAUGAUCGAUAACAUGAACGAGGCGUACUACAUCACCAUCGCCAACCAGAGAUGGUUGGCUGUGCAUCUUGAUAUGAUUGCCUCCCUUUUCGCGUUGAUUGUUUCCCUCUUGUGUGUCACCCACGUCUUCAAGAUCAGUGCCUCGUCUUCCGGUUUGUUGGUGUCUUACGUGAUGCAGAUUGCGGGUUUGUUGUCGUUGUUGAUCAGAGCCAUGACCCUGGUCGAGAACGAAAUGAACUCGGUUGAGAGAUUGCUUCACUACGCCACUGACUUGCCCCAGGAGGCCCCUUACGUGCUUCACGAACGUGUUCCUCCACCUGAGUGGCCUUCCAAGGGUGAGAUUGUUUUCGAACACACCUCCAUGGCUUACAGACCGGGCUUGCCGUUAGUCUUGAAAGACGUCAACUUUGCGGUUAAGCCAUCUGAGAAGAUUGGUAUUUGUGGGAGAACUGGUGCUGGUAAGUCCUCCAUCAUGACCGCUUUGUACAGAUUGUCUGAGUUGGCCGAGGGGAAGAUCGUCAUUGACGAUCUUGACAUCAGCACCUUGGGGUUGCGCGACUUGAGAUCCAAGUUGUCGAUCAUUCCCCAAGACCCGGUGUUGUUCCACGGCUCUAUUAGAAAGAACUUGGAUCCUUUCCAAGAGCAAAGCGACGAAUUAUUGUGGGAUGCCUUGAGAAGAAGUGGUUUGAUCGAACUGGCUGAUUUGGAUAGAGUCAAGGGCCAGGUUUAUGCUCCAGACGAGAACGGUGCCACUGGGGAGAACGGGUUGCACAAGUUCCAUUUGGAUCAGAAUGUGGAAGACGACGGUGCCAACUUCUCCUUGGGUGAACGCCAGUUGUUGUCGUUGGCCAGAGCGUUGGUCAGAGGCUCCAAGAUUUUGAUUUUGGAUGAGGCUACGUCUUCUGUUGAUUAUGAAACCGACGCCAAGAUCCAGGCUACGAUCGUCAACGAGUUUGGCCACUGUACCAUCUUGUGUAUUGCUCACAGAUUGAAGACUAUUUUGAACUACGACAGAAUUUUGGUCAUGGACAAGGGUGAGAUUGCUGAGUUUGAUACUCCGCUCGACUUGUUCAACGCGGGGGGUAGCAUUUUUAGACAGAUGUGUGAUCGGUCAAACAUUGUCGCUCUGGACUUUUAACUUGUAUUUUUUUAUUAUUUUGUUUUACCUGUUAAUUUAUUUGAUCUUUACGUGCCUUAGGGGCUGUGUAAUUUUAAAACGAGG